GGUGUGCGUCCUCGCCCUGUCGUAUGAAGUGGAUUGGUUUACAAAAUUCGAGUUGACCUUAACAUUUGCUCGCUGACUGAGUUCUUCUGUGCUUAAAGCUUUAAGCGCUCAAGCUUUGACAAUGGUAGUAUUUUAUCGACAUCUAACUGUAGCCAUUUCAUGGCUCCGUUCAGCAAGGUGAUGAGUUCAAAAUGCCCGGCUCUACAGCUCGUGCAAAGAUCUCCAAGGGUAUACGGGGAGCUACUGCUCCUGUGUCUGAACGUCAGCAACUGGCACUCCUGAUGCAGAUGACAUCCGAUGACAACCAAGGACCGGGGCCGGGACAGGCGGCGACCUCGGGGGACGCGGCGGCCCACGGAGUGGGCGGCGGCUCGGGGGCCGCGACGGGCCCGGGGCCGACGGUGGCGGCCACCAGCCCCGCCGCCAACCCCUCGCCGUCGAGGUCCAAGGCCCGCAACGAGCGCGGGGAGACGCCCCUGCACCUGGCCGCCAUCAAGGGGGACCUGAGCCAGGUGCGUCGGCUCCUGGAGGCCGGCUCGGACCCUAACGUGGCUGACUUCGCAGGCUGGACGCCCCUGCACGAGGCGAGCAACCACGGCUGGCUGCGGGUGGCCGGCGCGCUGCUCCGCGCGGGCGCGCACGUCAACGUCAAGGGCUGGGACGACGACACGCCCCUCCACGACGCCGCCGUCAACGGCCACUUCAAGCUGGUGCGCCUGCUGAUGCGCCACGGAGCCGACCCCCACCUUCGGAACGUCCGCGGCAAGACCCCACUGGACGUGGCCCGCCAGGACGUCGUCUUCCUCAUGACCGACACCAACCCCUUCUCGAGCGACUCCGACUCGGACCUCCUGCGCUCGGACGAGGACGACGCGGAAGGCGCCGCGGACCGCUCGGACCGGGCGACAGACGGCAGCACGACGUCCGUGUCGAGGGGCGCGGCCAGGGCGCUGGUCCUGCCCAGGACGCCGCCGACCCGGAGGAACAGCACCGCGUCCGGCGCCGCGUCGGCUCGGGGAGCCCCCGCUGAGAUGCGGAGGGCACCACCUCAGAACAAAGCUGUUGAGAAGCCUGCCUCUCCUCGCGUAACCCUUAGGCUUCAUCACUUAAAAACAAGGGAUGACAGAAAAGCUGCUAGUAAGCCAACAGAGCGAGAAUCUCUUUCUAACAACAGAUCUCAGCUGAGUGGGAAUAUGGAAGGGAAAGGUAGCGGUGAAGACGUGUAUGAAUUUAAAAGCAGCAAAGAGGCCACUCCUGUUCGAGGUGCGAGUGCGUCACCAGAACCCUCCAGCAAGAUGAAUGAAUCCACCAAUCCAAGUGACAACAAAGAACGUGAUUCUAAACCCGAUGCUGCUGGUGAGCCUCCACACGCUGGUGGAAAAAGAAAUGCCACAGAAAUGGUGGAUGGGGAUGAAGGUGAUGAAGAAACUAGAAGAAAGAAAAGGAAAGAAACCGAAAAUCCUUCAAAAGAAAAUACCAGGAACUCAACACCUAGUAGAUCUGCCAAUGGGAGAAAUGGAAGCGCUAAUAGUGAUAAAAGCAAGCCAGUACCAGGCAAAGUUUCAAGUAACUUAGCUGGGAAACCAAACUCAAACCAGGAAAAAAACCCUGAACUUAAAAGUGGAACAUCCUCAGGUUCCAACAGUCCCAAGCCUACAACAUCAGGGAGUGCUGUGUCAUCUUCUGGCAGUAAAUCUGUUGAGGGUGAUUCAGAAGAUACUUUGGGAGGGAAAGGUGGGAGUGAAACUAUUGGUCCCAAAGUACCUCCCUUAAAGAUUGUGAUACCUCAGCAAAGUGCAGCGUUAGAACCUGAGCCCGGUACCAGAGUUGGGAAGAAUGGAAAUUCAAGACAUCAUCAAGCUUUACCUUAUGUUGUAGCAUCUUCUAAUAGUAAUGAUUCUGUGCCUGAAAAGGAAGGUGGAGGAUCUGGCUCAGCGAGCCCUACUGACUCUCUUGAUAAAAAGGAUAGUACUUUAACGGAGGAUCAACGUAGUGCACUUAAUCACCAACGGGUUCUUAGAAGUUCAAAUAGGUCUGGCAACGGAGGUGCCAAUCCUUCUGGUAGCAGAAGCUCAUCGCCUACUGCUGGGUCGGUUGGUGGUGAAGAUACAUCGCCUCAACAAUCAAGGCAGCAAUCACCUGCUCCAGUUGAAAAUGCUGCCUCUAGUGUGCCUGAAACAACAUCUGCUCCUUCCCCUGGGAAGUCCUCAACAACGUCCAUAGCACCAGCAAAUGUGGUUGCUGAUGAAAAGCCAGGGCAAACAGAAGCUAGUACUCUUCCACCUCAGUCUACCCCAACUCCUGCAACACAGACGUCCUCUAUGGAAUUACAUCCACGAAAACGAAAGUUAAAACCUCAUCGUGAGCAACCUCCUGCACCUGCUCCUAGCACUGGCAACAGUGAGAGCACUGAGCCACCUUACACAUCAACUGAAGUACAUCCUCAUGAACAGCCUAUAACAAAUUGCUACCAACUAUUUUUGAAUAUUAGAAAACAGAUUGAACGAAGACGGAAAAACCUCUUUCCUGUCCAGCCUAAACCGCCACAGGGUUUCAAAGACUAUCUGAUGAACAGAUGCACUUAUGUUCUAACAAGUAAUGCUUCAACACGUAUUGCAGCACCAAACUCCCCACCAGCUUCAUUGAUUGGAGGUUUAAGAGACUUGUUUGUUGAUCAAGAAAAAGAAAGGCAAAAGUUAAAAAUGCAGCAUAUAAUUGAAAAAGAAAAAUUAGUUCUUUCAGUUGAACAAGAAAUUUUAAGAGUUCAUGGCAGGGCUGCACGAGCUUUAGCAAAUCAAGCUUUACCUUUCUCAGCCUGCUCUAUACUUAAAGAUGAGGAGGUUUAUAAUGUUAUCACCCCAGAACAAGAAGAAAAAGAUAGGAAUGCCAGAUCCCGUUACAAUGGCCGACUUUUCCUAAGCUGGCUGCAAGAUGUUGAUGACAAAUGGGAGAAAAUCAAGGAAUCAAUGCUGCUGAGGCACCACAAUGAAGCGGAAUCCCUGCAUGCUGUCCAACGAAUGGAUUGGGAUUGGAAGAUGAAGGAAGUGGGGCCCUGUGAAGAUUGUCCUCCUGUCCCCAUGGUCCAUGUCAGUGAUGAUUUUGAUCUUCUACCUGCCUGAGAGAGACCCUCCUGCUGCUUUCACUCAUAAACCUGUAGGGCUGUUUGACAAAUCAUCCCCUCAAGCCAAAGUUUAACCAAUCAAUAUUUGGUUGCCCUUAGCAAGUAAUACUCCACCUACUCCAUUUAACUUUUAAAAACUGGAAAAGUUGAGCCAAAUUUGAAAUGUAUUUUAUUUAUUUUCUUGAUCCUUUCGUUUGAAUUGAAACUUCUUACAUUGUUGGGAACAACAUAUAUAUUUGUGUGCAAGUUUCCCAGGUGGCUUUUGGGGUAAUUUUUUAUGACAUUACUUUCAUUGUCAAAAUCUUUUUUUCCCAAUGAAACUCAGCAAUUGCUUCUUAAGUGUAAUAGAAAUGUCAAACAAGGUGAGGUACAUAUCAGUGAACUGCAGCAGUGAGGUUAAAUAAACUGCUUGUGUUAAAAGCACAAGUGUAAUUUGUGAUACAUCUAGCCAGGUUUUAAUUUGAAUUUCAUUUUUAAAAAAAGCUGUUAUGCGUGAUCUCAAAAUGACAGUGUACAGUUGCAUACAGCUGCAAUUUUAGAGAAAUAGAAAGAACUUAAACAAACAAAAAAAGAAAUAAACCUGUGUUGCUCAUUUUGUGUGAUGUUUUAUAAUUAAGACUAUGUACAUGUUACUUUUAUAAAUGUGUACAAAUAUUUAGAUUGUAUAUUCUUCAAUAAAGCUCUAAUAUUUGUUAUUUAA